UCAUUACUUUCAUGGUCAUAUUUUCUUGUACACAUGUUAGAGAUCUGUGUCCGAUGCCACACUGAUGUUCAAUUUAAAACGCCAAUGAAUGAGCAGCAGGAUCUGUGCUAGAUCUGUGUUAUGGAGGAAGAUUUCUGAUGCCUAAAGCAAAGGCAUUUAACCUCCAGACAACCAUCUGCUUCAAGGACAGGCAAUAACAUUUACCAAAACUGCAUCAAUAAAAAUGUCCAAACAUCAGUUAAACUGAAUCUCAGUGAAGCCUUCAAAUGAAAUCAAAAUGCACCCCAAAAUAACAGUGUUUGGACGUUGUGAUGGAGAGUCCAGCCUACACACCACAGUGAGUUUCAGCAUUUUGUCUCUGUUGUUAUCAAUGAGCGAGACAGAAUUAAAGCUAGUAUUACACAAAGUGCCCUAAAGGAAGCAAAGAGGCUGAAUUCAACAUUAUUAAUACAUUUUUAGCCAUGCUAGCGAGAUGGCUCAGUGGAUGCAUGUCGGUUGGUGGGUCCACCAUUUUGCUCCUGACUGAAAUGUCUCAACAACUAUUGGAUGGAUUUCCAUGAAAUGUUGUGCAGACAUUCAUGUUCCCCAGAGGAUGAAACCUGCUGACUUUUCCUCUACUGCCAGCAGGACAUGACAGCAGCAUUAGCACAUGGGGCUGUCGGGGAGACGACUAAAAGCUGAACACACAUCCUUCCUCCCAGUGGGGGCAGGAAUAGGUGCAGUCAUCCUGUCGUGUGUGCUGUCGAGCAUCUGAAUGUCUGGCUGCGGAAAAAACAGGUUGCCUGGUGAGCGUGAACGCGCCUGGCUCCACUGGCUGCUGCUGUUGCUGCUGAUGAGAGAGAGAGAGCCGUCGUGGACGCGCCGGCCUGUGUGGUGGUGGUGGUGGUGGUGGUGGUGUAUGUGGGAGCAGGAGGAGAGACUGCAGUGUCUUGGCAGCUGCAUUAGUGCAUCUCCCACCGUCCGCGAUGCCUCCACGGCCAAUGCCUGCCUCCUCCGCGUCCACUUGACAACACAAACCGACAUGAACUCGUCAGGAAACUGAGCCGGACGUUCACACUAGCUAGCUAUAUGCCCCCGGAGACAGUCCGGAGCGCUUCAUUCACGCACAGAAACCCCGUGACGAGAAUUGUUAAUGGAAAAUGGCGAUAGGCAAAAGGUCUUGCAGCAUCGUCUGCUUGGUAUCUAUCCAGAUUAUCUUGAUUUUCAGCGCAUCGUGGCCUGGAGCGGCGGGUCUCACGUUCCCCCAGCAGUACACGAUAAUGCACUGGGCCAGGCGUAUCGAGCAGGAGAUUGACAGAGUCUUUCAGCACAUCACUGGAGCUCAGCAGUUGAAAGGGAUAUACAAUGAAGAGAGACGACGGUUUAGUCUGGUGAAGAAUCAGCCGCGGAAGAUUGUGGAGAAGGUGGCCUCAGAUAUAGAGAAACUCUUGGCUAAGAAGCGCAACGCACUUGAUAGGUUAGCCAGUGAAGCAGAGCGGCUCCAGCGAGAUCAUUUAUGGCAGGAUGGAAUCAAGGAGCUGGACAUGGCUUAUUAUGACUCAAAGGCAGAGCUGGAUUAUUAUUCCAUGGAUGGAGAAGGAGAGGUGGAAAAUCCUUCGCACAUCAAGUUGGAGUUUGUGUAUGAUCCAAACUUCAAAAACAACGUCAACUAUUCCUACACGGCUGUCCAGAUUCCCACAGAUAUUUAUAAAGGAGCGCCAGUCAUUCUGAAUGAGUUGAACUGGACGCAGGCGCUGGAGAAAGUGUUCGUGGCGAACAGUCGGGAGGAUCCGUCACUGCUGUGGCAAGCGUUUGGGAGCGCAACGGGUGUCACUCGCUACUACCCAGCCACACCUUGGAAAGCCCCUGAUAAAAUCGACUUAUAUGAUGUCAGGAGGAGGCCCUGGUACAUCCAAGGAGCCUCAUCCCCCAAAGAUAUGGUCAUUCUUGUUGAUGUGAGUGGCAGUGUCAGUGGACUCACCCUGAAACUGAUCAAAGCGUCAGUGAUGGAAAUGCUGGACACUUUGUCUGAUGAUGACUAUGUCAACGUGGCCAGGUUUAACGAGAAGGCCGAGGCUGUGGUUCCCUGCUUCAAACAUCUCGUCCAAGCUAAUGUGCGCAACAAGAAGAUCUUCAAGGAUGCAGUGCAGCAGAUGCAGGCUAAAGGCACCACUGAUUACAAGUCUGGAUUUCAUUUUGCCUUCAACCAGCUGUUAAAUAAGACAAAUGUCCCUCGGGCCAACUGCAAUAAAAUAAUCAUGCUGUUUACUGAUGGAGGAGAGGACAGAGCUCAGGAUGUCUUCAUGCAAUACAACUGGCCUAACAAAACGGUUCGAGUUUUCACCUUUUCUGUGGGUCAGCACAACUACGAUGUCACACCUUUACAGUGGAUCGCAUGCACCAAUAAAGGUUACUAUUUUGAGAUCCGUUCCAUCUGUGCUAUAAGGAUUAACACCCAGGAGUACCUCGACGUGCUGGGACGCCCCAUGGUUCUGGCAGGCAGCGAUGCCAAACAGGUUCAGUGGACCAAUGUGUAUCAGGAUGCUUUGGGUCUUGGCAUGGUAGUAACUGGGACUUUGCCUGUAUUUAAUCUCACCAUGGAUGGAAACUCACAGAAUCAGCUGAUAUUAGGUGUCAUGGGAGUCGAUGUGCAUCUUGAUGAGAUAAAGCGACUAACACCACGGUACAAUCUUGGAGCCAAUGGAUACAUAUUUGCCAUUGAUCCAAAUGGAUAUCUUCUGCUUCACCCCAAUCUUCAGCCAAAGCUCGUGAACCUCCCUGAGCCUGUGACGCUGGACUUCCUGGAUGCAGAGGUGGAGGACAGCAACAAAGAGGAGAUCCGGCGACAAAUGAUUGAUGGAAGACCAGGUGAAAUGCAGAUCAAAACUCUUAUCAAGUCGAUUGAUGAGCAAUACAUUGAUGAGGUGUACAGGGGUUACACCUGGACUCCUAUCAACGGUACAGAUUACAGUCUUGGUCUGGUAUUACCCCCCUACAACGAAUACUACAUCCAGGCAGACCUGAGUGAUGUGAUGCUGCAGCUACAGUAUAUGCAGUCGUUGCUGCCCAGCUCCUUUGAAUCUGCAGGACACGUGUUUCUGGCUCCAAGGGAAUACUGCAGACGUCUGCAUCUUUCUGACAACAACACCCAGUUUUUGCAGAACUUCCUCUCGCUCAUGCUGGACAUUUCCCCAGAAUCUGAUGAGUGUGACCAAGGCCUCAUCCACAACCUGAUUUUGGAUUCUAGGAUUAUUGGGCAGCUGGCAUCUCGCGUUUGGAAGAACAAGGACCUGAAUUCGUAUGGCUUCCUGGUUGUAUUUGCAUCCACUGAUGGAGGAAUAACACGGGUUUUCCCCAACAUAGCUGCUGAGUUGUGGGAUGAGGAUCCUGAACCCUUCAAUUCAAAUUACUACAGACGGAGCCUCGACAACAAAGGCUACAUGUUCAGAGCUCCAUCGAGAUCCUCCUUGGACGACCCCGUAGGUGCAGAAAACGGCACCGUUGGAAUUCUGGUUAGUUCGGCUGUAGAGGUUAAUUUAGGAGGUAAACUGCUCAAACCUGCAGUGGUCGGAGUGAAGCUGGACUUGGAAGCGUGGGUGGACAAGUUUAAGAUCCUGGCCAGCAACGUGUCAGACAGUCGACAGGGUUCACACAAGUGUGGACCAUCCAGAAGUUGUGAGAUGGACUGUGAAGUGAACACUGACGACCUCCUCUGCUAUCUCAUUGAUGAUGGUGGGUUCCUGAUUAUGUCCAAUCAGAGAGAUCACUGGAAAAAGAUUGGUCUUUUCUUUGGUGAUGUGGACCCUUACCUGAUGCAUGCACUCUACAAUAACUCAAUCUUCACUCGGCGUCAGUCUUUCCACUACCAGUCUGCAUGUGAACCAGUCAGCAGCAGCCACACUGGUGCAGCACCGAGGGGCAUCUUUGUGCCGUCCAUUGCUGACAUCCUCAGCUUGGCCUGGUGGACAUCUACAGUGGCAUGGUCUGUGACCCAGCAGCUACUGUAUGGACUGGUCUACAAUAGCUGGCUCUACCAAGAUGAUGUCCUGGUAGAAGGUUUUGAAACAAAGGAAAGCAGCUGUGUGACCAUCCAAAGCCAGUUCUACUUCACAAACACCACCAACUCCUACAACGUGCUGCAGGACUGUGGAAACUGCUCACGGCUGUUCCACGCAAAGCGGAUAGAAAACACCAACCUUCUCUUUGUCGUCGCCGAGACACUCCCCUGCAGCUCAUGUGAGAUAGAAAAAUUGACACAGGUCAGGACAGAGUUUCAGGAGGAGAAUCCAUGUGAAGUACUGAGCAACGCCCGAUAUCGUAAAGGCCCGACUUCCUGCUUUGACUACAGUGCCUUAGAAAACACGUCAGAGUGUGGACGGGGUCAUGCUCUGCAGUCCUCCAUAGGAGUCCUUCUCUUUAUUCAGCUUAUUCUGCCUCUUUUUCAUCUCUGACACGUGCAAACACUCUAACUGACAUCUUUCAUCUCUUUGGGUUUAGGCUCGGAUCUACUGAAGGUCAGAUCCAACAGCAACUGUAAAAUUCUUCGUUUUUGAUCUACAAAUGGCCCAAAGCGCAUUUGUGCUUCGUGGAAAAAAAACGUGGAUCAGCUCUUAGUGUUUCUUGCCUUACUGCUUAUGCAUUUGUUGGUGUUUCAGGGCUUGAGUGCAAAAUAUAGGAAAAGGAUGUGUUGAGUGUGCAUGCUAUUUAAACUAGAACAAGCAUGUUUAGCAUUUUUGCACACAGGCUCAGCCAUGUAAACAAUCACCAAGACAUCAGGGAGGCAGCUGAAAUGUACUUUUAACGGGCCAAUAAAUAAUCACCCAGCUGGAACAGAUGUCAAUCAUAAUUUUAGGUUGGAUUGUGGUGGUGAAAUUAUAAAAGAUCUAAAAACUCAGUUUAUUUGCUUUGUGGUAAAUACACCAUGGUGGAAGGAAGUAUUCUACAAGUAAAAGUCAUGUAUUCAAGAUUUUACAUAAGUUAAAGUAGAGAAGUAAAAAUACUCAUUUGACAGCAGAAUGGACCCUAUCGGUGUUAUCUCUCCGUAUCAUGCAUUAUAUUAUCAGAUUAUUAUUACUGAUGUAAUAACAUGUAGGCAGCAUUUUAAUGUUAUAGCUCGUCAAGAUGGAGCUAAUUUUCCCUACUUUGUAUACUGUUGGGUAGUUUUAUCUAUAACAAUCAUUUUAAAAACUCAGCAUAUCUGGCGUAUUGCAGCAUUUCUUGGCGCCUCACUGCCACCUGUAGAUCAGUGGAAUAGUGUGAAACCAUUGGCACCAAAACGGGGACCCACUUACAAAAACACUGCUCCAUAGCACUACUAGUGGUCAGAAACUCCACAGGGAACCUUUAAGUAGCAUAAAAUGGAAUUACUUAAGUAAAGUACAAGCAACCUCAACACUGUACCCAACUACAGUGCUUGAGUAAAUGUACUUAGUUACUUUCCAUCACUGAAAAUACAACGCUGCACUAGCCACCACAUGCCCAGGGUGUUAUUCAGUGGAGCUCCGUAACGGGCUGAACACAGCUUAGUGAUACAACAACUUUGUAGAGACAGUUUUCUGAGUUUUUAGAUCUUUCAUUGUCACUGUGGCUCAUUAGAUGAGGCCCACCUCAACGGUUAACUGUUUCUAUGGAUUUACAGUUUCCCUACAACUGCUGGGUAAAGCUAUCCAAGGCAUUUACACAACUGAAUGAAAAUGUAAAUAAAUAGAUAAGAUAAGACUCCCUCCUGUAGUUUGCUCAGACGCUGCUGCUUCUGGCAACGUCUGCUUUUGUUGAUUUUGUGAAAUUCAAAAUGAAUUAUCUUCGCCAGGUUUUAUUUGCAUGUCUGAUCCUAGUAAAUGUCUUUGCACAUAAAGGAACUCCUGCACCUACAGCAGUUUUUACAUGAUAGUAGAUCCGGGCCUUAACCUCACAUUCACUUCAGUGUCUUUCAAUCCACCUCCGACCUUUGCCAAGACAGUUUCAGUACUAUAAAUUGUAUCAUACAUAACAACGACCCAGAAUGACUUACCUCUGUCGUCUCAAGUACGCCCUGUCUCUUAAAUCGUUAAAUCUAACCAGAUUUCAGACAGAAUUUAGAUGAAAAGUAUCUCCCCCCAAAAAAAUAUUUUCUUAGAGCACUUUGACUUAUAAGACAACAGAUGAGAAAAGCCAGUAAGAUGAGAAAUACCAGUGUUAGACCUCCAGCAAGAUUUGGUGACUUUUCAUAACAUAUCAGUGAUGAAGUGUCCAUGUAGUUUCAUUGGAUUGUUUAAGUCAAGGUUUGUUUUGCUGAAAUGCUCCCACAGAGACUCGGUAUGAUCUUGUGCUUCCAGGUGAUAAUAAUUGAUAAAGGGUGUAAAAUCAGACAAAAACAGACCAAAAUUAUCAAAUGUCAACAGUGAUUUUGUUACAAUAAUGUAGUAGUGAAUCCUCCAAAAACCACUGCAUGGUUUAGUGCAAUACUGCUGUGAUAAUCGGAUGCUUUAUUUUAGCAGUAAUUAUGACCAUUUUAAGUCAUUUACAUGCUGUGUUAUCUACGUAGUCUUAUAGCACAAAACAAGCGCAGACGUCAGUGUGUGGCCGACAUGUUUUUAAACGUAUUACAUCAGUUGUUUGAUUGAAGGGAAGCGCUCUGUCCCUUUUUUUUGUAUCUUGUAUCGCCACUAUUUGUCAAAUAUGAAUUUAUGCACUUAUGUAUGCUUCUAUAUGGGGAAUGUAGCUUCUGAACAGCUUUCUGUGUUAUCAGUAUGUGAUGCUUUUUGACCCUCUGUUGAGAUUCCCCUGAUGUCUCAUUGAAAGUGAUGAUUGACUGUGGCAGAAUGUUUUCAUUUUACCAUGCAAACCUCGUCAUGACAGUGACAUCUGAUUCAACUUUCCACAAAAUUACGAAGCUGUAAGACUUUUAGCAAUUUUGUCAAAAUGAAAUGUCUGUCCAAUAUUGUAUGUAUGGGCAGUUUGG